GGGGCGGGGCGAGGCGUGAGCGUCGGAGGUAACCCGAGUGUAGGUGCGGUGGUGCGCUGGGCUCCCGCUUUCAAGGCUGCCUCUGCGCAGUGGUGAUCUCGUGGCCGGCGGUGUCCGCGCGACCAGAAUCUCUCAGAAUGAAUGGAUCUAGUGUGGCAAGUACAUCACCCAGUGUGAAAUCCAAAGAGGACCAAGGAUUAAAUGGCCGUGAGGAGAAGGAGAACCCAUUUGCAGAGUACAUGUGGAUGGAGAAUGAAGAGGAUUUCAACAGACAGGUGGAGGAGGAAUUGCAGGAGCAAGACUUCUUGGACCGCUGUUUCCAAGAGAUGCUAGAUGAAGAGGACCAGGACUGGUUUAUCCCAGCACGAGACCUGCCUCAGGCUGUGGGACACUUGCAACAGCAGUUAAACUCACUAACAGUCAGUGACAGUCAUGAAUCUGAAGAUAUUUUGAGCAAAAGUAACCUAAACCCAGAUGCCAAGGAGUUUAUUCCAGGAGUGAAGUACUGAGCUGACAGAAGUUACCAGAAGGACUUGUCUGUCCCCAGACCUUGGGCACAGAAAGGCAGAGCUGAAGGGGGUGGUAAGGUAUGCAGACAGCUGGGUUGGGUUGGGAAAGGGUUAGCUGGACACUGACUGAAGUAACUGAAGUGCUCCAUGUGGCUUGCCACGCCUCUUAGUACUGGGCUUCCGCUGACUGGCUUAGAGCACUUUCCCAUUUUGUUUUGUUAUGGUUUUUUUGUGAGCUCCUUGGAGUUAAGGAACCCGCAGUUGUUUUUUCCUUGUCAGGAAUGUUCUGCUGUCUGUGUUAAAGCAAAAUAAGCUGCUCAAGGAAAGUGGUAUUUAAGAAAUACCCCCUUCUUGCCCUGCAUUGUACCUACCAGGAAUGAGGAACACCUGGAGAGCUACUUGAGGAGUCUGUGAAGCUGGUUGGUAAGAGAAGCUGAAGGAGCUGAGGAUGAAAGUCAGACCAUGAGUUCAGUUCCCAUGACCUCUGGCAUUUCCAUAAUGAACUGGGUUACCAAUGGCCCACUAAGCCCUUGUCUCCCUGCCCUGAACCCCAUACAAGAAAACACAGACUUAAAAGUUCUUGGCUGAAUGUAACUUUGAACGGAUGGAAGUUGUAUGUCAGAGAGGAGGGUUUGGUGGUAAUUGUCCAUUACUGCUGUCCUGAUGUGGUACUGCGUGCAGCUGCUGUCACUCAUCAUUUAUAAGGUGAUAGAUCUGUAGAGCUGCUUUGCCAUCUUGAUCCUCAUGAAAUCUACUCCCAGCUCCUUUCCACCACAGCUCUACUUGGCAAAAGUCCACCAACCCUCAUUUCUGGCCAUAACCGUGAGCCUGGAGAAAUCCUUGAAUUAUGUUAGUUAUGUCUUGAAUCUGUUUGGACAGAUUUUGUUUUGUUCCCAAAUCCAGUCAAUACCUGGCUCUCUGUCUUAAUUCCCUGAAAAAGAUUUCUGUACUUUUUCAAGGAAAUACAUUUUUCUGGGUACUAUCAAGUAGUUCAGUUCCAUUUGGAUGCUUCUUCUGCCUUACAGAAUGAUGCCAGGGAACUCAGCACGGAGAAGAGUACCUGGCCCUCCAUGUGCUUCAAACUGUUAUGGAGUGUUACUGCUCCCACUUGGGUGAAAGAGUGAGCAUCCUGUCCUAACUGGACUUCCCAGACAGGGACUUGCAGAGGCCUGACAGUGUUAUGGUCUCUGUGUGACUGCCAUUGUGCUGUGUGAUAAGUCUGGAAGGGAAAGAUCAUGCAACUUCAAAUAAAGUCAGUGUCAGUUUAGCAUGCAUAUAUGUGACUGAGGUUGGAAUGAAAGGACUGGUAUCUAGAAAGUUGAAAUUUUUAACUUUUUCUUAUUAUCUCCUUUGCUGACUUGAUUUUUUUGGUUUUGUUUUGGUGCCAGGGAUGGGAUACCCAGGACUUCACUAAGCUAGGUAAGCCCUACCUUGAGCUGUGUCCCACCCUUCCGUGUUGACUUGUAGGCAACCCUAGGCUGAUUGAAACACAAACCUCCAUCUUUUUCCUUGUUUCAAGCUCAUAGGAUAGUAUCUCCUGAAGAUGACCUUCCUGCUCAGGUCAUAUCAUAGGAGAGUAGCUCAGGAACUUGGACAGACAGACAGACAGACAGACAGACAGACACACACACACACACACACACACACACACGAUUCCUAUAGCCUGUUGGGAGGUCAGAAUACUGAAGACUGUUGGAAAUGUGUUGGGAUUGGAGAAACUGGGUGUCUCCAUCAGAGUACAGUGCACUCUCCUUUGACCACUGGGCUGGAAAGUUCUGUGCAAGCUUGAGGAGUCCUUGUUCCAUCCUGAAGUUUAGCUCUCUAGAAGCCAGAGUAGGCCAAGCUGCUAGAUGUGGUCUGAGAGGCUCAUCCUACCUCCUGCUGUAUUAGCUCAUUUUAUUUGAAUGUUAGUCUUCAGCCUGGUUUCACAAGGUAUAUUUGAUUAGUACUAUAAUGCUGCUGAAUGUGCCUGGAAACUGGAGAGGCAAUGUACUGGCCCCAAGCUUGAGAAGCAGCCAGUGAGGUGAUCUGUGCUUAACCAGUAGAAUGCCUUAGGCUUCCAGUGCUUCCUUCUGUGGCCCAGCUCUUCUGUUGUCUAAAUUGUGCCCCAGACCACAGGCUCAGCCCUAGUUAGCUUACCAACUUAAUAGAAAAGUCUUGUGGGACUUGUAGACCUAGGGGCAAGCUAGGAACAUCUGUAUCCAACUUCUCUGAAGCCCUAAGCCAGGCUAUACAUCAUUACCUUUCGGUGGUGAGACGUGUCUAUAAGUCAUCAUUUUGAUGUUGAAUUUAAGCCACUAUUUUUUUUUCAACUAUGAGUUUAAUAGAGCACAGAAUUUUUUUUUUUUUUCAAACAGUCUGGUUGCUAAUCUGGCUGGUCUCAGGAUUCAUUUGUUAGAGACUAAGUUCUGGUUAUUGUGGUUAUUUGACCCUGAAACUUCAUGAUGAAAAUUAUUUCUCUCUCUCUUCAGGGGAUGGAGAGAAUGAAGGAAAGCCUUUUCAGGCAUUUUAGACUACUAGAAAUCUGAGGAGGUAGCCCAGGCCUGGGUGUUAUAGUUCUGGUUCUGGGGCUAGUUUCUGUCAUAGAGUACUCGACUUUUUAAAUCAUAUAAGCAAACCAGAAAAAUCUAAAGUCUGGGUUUUUUUUUUUAAUUGAACCCAGGACCUCAGAUAAGCACUACCACUGAGCUUUGUGGUUUAGAUGUGAGGAUGGGAACCCAUUAGAGGUCUGACAAACUUGACUAAAAUUGACUAAAAUUUGGAAUUGCACACCCAGUGGGAAAGCCUAUUUUAGCUACUCUUCUCCCAGAGAACAGGGACACUUUGUCAAAUGGAGAGAGAACAGGAGGGCUGAUGUGUGUAGCAGGCACCCUGACUGCCUGCCUGUCUAUGGUUGCCAUAGGACUUAAUGCCCCAGGAAUGGUCAGUCCUGGUGGUUGUUUGGUACAGUGGGUAAGCAUCUCCACCACCUGUUCUGGUGCCUUGAGGAUUUCACCACAGACUUGAUCAGUCUCAACUUGAAAGGAGGUGGGGUUCUUUCUCCCAUUUUUAAACUCCCUUGUAGAAGCUGCUGCUGGUGACAGGAACUGAAUGUAAAUCUGCUCAAGGAAACAUUAAAGUUGACUGUACCACCCCACCCACUGCUGGUUUGGGGUAGUCUACUUUUCCUGAGAGUCAAGGAAAUAGUACACCUGGCUACUGUUCUCUGUUGGGGGUCAACAUCUUUUUGUUUUGAGUCAGGGCCUUGAUGUGUAGUUCAGGAUGAACUUGAACUUCUGAUCCUCCUGGCUCAGCCUCCUCCGUGCCAGGUUUAAUAAUGUACAGUUACUUUCAUUUCAGUGCUGAGCAUCAAAUCAGAGAUUUCAUGUUAAACAGGUAUUCUACCAGUGAACUACAUCCCUAGCCUCCAAAAUGUAUUUCCUAUUAAAACAGAAAAUGUUUCACUCUAAAUCCACACUAAGAGCUCUCUCAUGCCAAUUGUGAGCCAACAGCGAUAAAAAAUGGGGUCCUAACUUAAAAGUGAAACUGCUUUGGGCUGGGGAUGUAGUUCAGUGGUAGUGCUUGCCCAGCAGCACUUCUAUCACCCUAUAUUCAAUCUCAAUACUCAAAACAUACUCUAAUGAUGCAUAUUGUACAAAUCAUGAACCUCAUUCAAGUCACUGACUUUAGUAGUGUUCUUUGGUGCUGGAGCAAUAACCAGUUUCAUCCCUUCAAUAAAACCCUUCAUGCUUUCAGUCAGGGUUCACAGCUGCAGUUGCCAUAAGCCAUGCUGUCUGCACAUGUACCUUUCAUGCAGUGGAGUCGGUCACUCUGUGGUCUUUCAUUUAGCAUGUUUUUAAGGUGUGUUUUCAUUGCUGGGCAGUUUCCCAUUGUUGAAUAUGCUGCAUUUUGUCAGCAGAGAGCCCUUUAAACUUCCUGUGGUCUACAUGGAACCCUCCAAAUACAGGAUUCACAGGGAGCUGCUGUGUCAUCCAAUCUAUAGGAGCUUCAGCCACUGCAGAAUUUUUUUUAUAAUUUUGCAAGUUUUUUGUAAGGAGCCUUUGUGCUGUCCACUACACAUCAGGACUUUUGAAGCAUCUGAUAAGUCCAUUUAACAGAGAGCAUGUGAGUAGACAUGGAAGUGAAACUUUACUAUUUCUCCCAGACCAGAUGUGGGAUCUCUGGAUUUUCUACAGACAAUAGUGUCCCCAGGUACUGGAAGGUUGUGCAGGCUCUGCUGGAUACAUGUGUGGGAAAAGAGGGGCGAUGGUGGGGGCAAAGAGGGCCAAUGGUGCAGGUGGAAGAUCGAGUGCAGCCUGUGGAACCAAAAGCCCAAAGGAGGUCUGCCUGGCCCAGCAGCUGUGUGGGUACCCACAGUGAGGUGCCAAUGCCUGGAAGCCAGGCACCCCCAGCUGACCCAGGUCUAGACUUUGUACCUUUAUCCCUGUUACAAGUAUUUAAGAACUCGUUUCCCUCACCACCCCACCCCCCACACUACAAAUUACCUAGCAGUUACUAAUAUUUCUUGGGGAAGGGAUAAGGCUUUAAAAUUAUAAUUUUCAUUAAAGCAUCAGAAGUAGGGAAGGGUUACUUUAAAAUUUUGUUCUACAGACUGAAUGGCAGUUGUUGAAAAUCUCAAUAUUGAGAAUAAAGUGCACUUGGAGUGGAACCUUUGUAAGCUUGGGCCACUGUCACCACAGGGGUCUGGGUGUGAUGUGGAGGUUUUCUCCAGAUGGAUCAGUUGCCUAGUUUCCCUUCCAAGUAGGAUUACAAAGGAGCAUCGCCUGUGUCUAGGAGUCCCAUCUUUGCUUUCUCUGUGCCCUUUGGAAAAGGUGUGACAUAUCUUUUAGGCUGUUACAAAAAUCAGAACUUUAAAAUGUGCACUCAGCACUGUGGCUCCAGCUAGAAAGAAAACUAAUUUUUCUGUUUGGCAAAGUCAGCUUCUCCCUAGAAAACAAAAGGAUUUGGUAGCUGUCUUUCAAUUCUGAUAAGUCUGAAGGCCUGCUACACACCUUGCAUCACCUUAGGCACAGGCUUUAGGGUUAAGUAGCUUGCUCUGAGGUUACACUUAGUGAUAUGCGUGCUAAUAAUUCACCCCACAGUGAGAUUGAAUUUGCCUAUGAAUUUAGGGGUUUUAGCAUUUUGAGAGACCUCACCACCAGGCUAAGGCCCAGGCUUUGCUUUGAACCCUUAUUACCUUCCCAGAAUUAGGGAAGGAAAUCUAGAUUGACUCAACUAUUCAUAACUUGAGAUACUAUCAUAGGCAGGUUACAGCCAACCUGUUAAGGGACGAUGUGCUCAUUCUUAAAGUUUCACCAAGUGAAACUGAAAUGUAUAUUCAAAUACAGACAUUUAAAAUGUGUAAGGGUUUGGUGGUUAAG